AUGCCUGAUUUCAACGCCUGGUCCAGAACCUCCCUGGGUCAAGGAAGAGCCCGAGCUGAACAACAGCAAGUGUCACACGGCUCUUCAAGAACGACCUUAGUUGUUGAAGCACAGCAACGUCAACGAGCUACCAAACACUUUUUCAUAGUGUCGAACCCUGGGAACUUCUCCGGGGCCCUCUCAGGGGUGCCAGCGCCCCCAGGGGUGGCAGCGCCCCCAGGGGUCAUCCCAGGGGAGGCAGUGACACCACGGGCCAUCCAAGGGAGGCGGCGACGCGAGGGACAAUGCCAGUGCAAAAACAACUGCCCCCAGGGACUCUAUAGGGACAAUGCCCCCUGGGGCCCACCCAGGGGUGUCGGCGUCAGGAGGAACCCACCCAGAGGCGGCAGUGGACCCAGCGGCCCUCCCAAGGGCGAUGGUGCUCUCAGGGGCCCCCUCAGGGGUGACGGCGAUCCCAGGGGCUCUCCUAGGAGCCUUUUCAGGGGUGUCGGUAACCUGAGGGACCCUCCCAAGUGUGUCGGCGUCCGAAGGAGCCCACCCAGGGGUGACGGCGGACCGAGCGACCCUCCAAGGGCCGGCGGUGCUCUCAGGGGCCCCCUCAGAGGUGAAUGCAAUCCCAGGGGCUCUCUUUGGGCCCCUCUCAGGUGCGGUGGAGACCCCAUGGGCUCUCGCAGGGGAGGCUACAGUCUCAAGGGCCCUCCCAGGAGCGGGAGCCCUCCGAGGGCCCUUCCCAAGGGAGGUGGCGCCCCAAAGGGCGUUCAAGGAACGGCGGCGGACCCAGGGUCCCUCCCAGGGGCAGCGGCGACCCCACGGGCCUUCCUAGGGGCAACGGUUACCCCUGGGGUCCUCCCAGGGGCGUCGGCGACCCCAGGGGCCAUUUCUGGGGCUUUGGCGUCCCAAUGGGCCAUCCCAGGGGCACCAACACCCCCAGGAGCUCUCCCAGGGACCGCGGCGCUUCAAGGGCCCUCCAAGG